AUGCCAGACGUGUUACCAGAGAUAGUGGUGUUAGAUGUUGAUCUAUCUAAUGCCGUAGUAGACCAGCGAAAUAAUAUUGACAUCAAGGCAUCAAAGGAAAAGGAGAUGGAUGCUUUCUUGGUUGAAAUUCAGCAAGACGACUGUCAAAGACUCAUUUCAGACUUGACUCACUGUGAGGAGGACCUCUCCAUGACUAGCACUGAACCUGUAACCCUCCCAGAACAAACAUCUGUUGGGAUAUCGCCUGUGAAAUCAUCUAUGGCGGACAAACAGGUUCCAGCUUCUGAAUCAUAUGAGGACGCAGAUACGGAGUGUCAAAAAAUUCUUUAUAAUCAAAAAGUGGAUCAAAGAUUUGAGACGGGAGCAUCCUCUUGCACUAAAGGUAGUGAUGGUAAGGUUAAUAAGGCGGUUAAUAUUCAGAUUCCUGAACUCUCUUUAGAAGCAAUUCUGACAGGAUCUAGUGAAGUUACGGCACAAAUUAUAGUUGAUCUACUUAGAGUAACAAUGAAGCUUAGAUUUUAUGCUGCUACUAAUACGGAUGAUGUAGGUUAUGAAGACUUCGUUCCAAAUUGGAACAGACACGUGACUUUGAAAACCAAUAAGACUGAGGUGCAAGUGAAUCCCUUGGAAGUAACAAAUCAUGAUGAUGAAGAAAGCAUAGAAGGUAGAUAUAAAGCCGUAUCUUAUUUUAUUAAAUGUAAACAGCAUGAAAUUGAGAUAGUUGCAUAG